CGUCCCCGCUGGGCCGCCGCCGCUGCCGCCGCCGCCUCCGCCGCCGCCGGCACCAGAGGCCCGCGCUCCGCGCAGCGCCGCCUCGCGCUUCAGUGCCGUUCAGAGCCGUGCGCGCGCCUGUGCAGCGAGCAGGCGAGAGCCGUCCGCCGCAGCCGCAGUCGGAUUCGGGUCGCCCGCGUGUCGCUCCACUCGCUCUGCCCGCCGGACACCGCGCCGCGCCGCGCCAAAGGUAGGAUUCGUGCGUGGGACACCUCGGCGCAACUGGAAUACAAUCACGCCUAUGUGUUCUUGAAGAACUGCGUUGCUAAGGAGAAAACGACUGUUCCAGAGGGCGAGGAGGAACCGGGGGGCAGCGCCGAGCCACCCGCGCUCACCUGCCACAAGCAUGAAUCUACAGGGUGUUCUGCUCACCACAACAAACAUUUUCAAAAUGAACAUCACAAACAUCAGCUUCAUCACCACCAUCACAGUGGCAGUAGUUCAGAACGGAGGCUCAAGAAUACUUUUGGAUGGGCUCGCAUUGAUGUAUUGGUGAUGUUAAUUGGUUGUGUAUUUCUUACAUCACUCUGUUUUUCUCUAAUUGUGGAAGCUCUCCAAACUCUCAUACACAUUGAACAUCAUGAUGCUAUGCAUCACCCUAUACCAGUCCUUGUACUGGGCUGUGUUGGAUUGCUUAUCAAUGGCUUAUGCUAUCUCUUUAUAGGAGGUUAUACAUUUCAUCAAGCCAGUUUCCUCCAUGUGACACCUGAUGGAGAAGUAGUCUUGGAUCACGUAAUGAAUCAAGACUCUGUGCGUAAAGGUCAACGCCGCCUUUCAGCUCAAACAAGACGACCUCCUCCUCCGCCUCAGUAUACUCUUAGGCAAGGACCAAGAGAAAUGUGUCGAGAUAUUGUCGGUUGUCUUUAUGUCAUAGUAUGUGCACUUAUUGUAUACCUCAUAGACAAGGAAUAUGCCAAAUAUAUUGAUCCAAUCUUAUCAAUAGUGUCAGCAAUUACUCUGCUUGUAUUAAGCUAUCCAUACAUGCGUGAAUCUGGAAGCAUUCUACUGCAAACAAUACCAGACACUAUAAACAUCAACUCACUUCGAAAAGAUUUGUUAAAAGCAUUUCCUGAUAUAUUAAAUGUUCAUGAUCUUCAUGUGUGGCGUUUGACUGCUUCAAAAGUUUUUUCAACAGCUCAUAUAAUCUUCCUAAAUAACAAGGACUAUUCAAGAAUAACAAAAGAAAUAACUGACUUUUUCCAUAAUCAGGGAAUUACUCAAGUAACUAUUCAACCAGAAUUUUUUCAGGCUGAAAAUGCAAAUGGUAUUGUGGCUUUACCAAAUAUUCAUGAUGACCAGUGUCUUGUUCCUUGCCUUGGAGAUGGUUGUUAUAUUUUACAUUGCUGUGCCAACAAUGGUUACAAAUUGACAUCUGUGACGAAUGAUAAAAUGGGUGACAUGAAAAGAACUAAAGACCAACCAACAAUGAAAAUUCAAAAACCCAAUCAUUUGCAACCAAUUCAAGAUUCUCAAAAAAUCAGUAAAAGCAAUUAUGAUAGUGAAAACAAUGAAAAUGAAUCUCAAAGAAUGAAUAACGCAACAGCAGAAAUAAAUACAACAAACCUCUCCAACAUUUUGGAUACUUCUGCAGAAAAUCCUUCCAGCCAUCACUAUUCCAGAUCAUGUGAGAAUACAAAUGCAACAUGUACAUAUAAUUCAAAUUCUCCAGGAGAAGAACGGCAACAAUCAGAAUCACCCAGUCUGUCACCUACAGAAUCAAACAAAACAGAAGAAUCUGGGGAAACUGGCACCUCAGAAAUCAAGGAGGCUCAAGUUUUAAACAGUGCGGAAGUGCAUACAGGAAAGGAUCAAAACUCUUCACAAAAUCAUUGUGCAGGCAAUAGUUAUUCUGCAGAGAAACAAACAGAAACCAAAGAGAUAACAAAAAAUAUUUCUUUGCCAGACUCUAGUGAGGACAGUGAAACUGAGAUAAAGGACAAAUCAGUGAAGGAAGAAUUGAAAUAGAAAUUUGUAUAAUGAUUGCAGAAAACUUCAGACAAUUAUCCAAGUUAAACAUUAAAAGCAACAACAUGCAACAUUAUAAUCGGUUAACGCUUGAAUGUUUCCUCUUAUGCUUUGCCGCGAAAAGUUGCGAGUGAAUUGCAAGUCCAUUGCAAGGUAAAAGAAAGAUUAGUAACUGGCCAAGCUUGCCUUAUGUGCAUCAUUAAUCCAUCGAUGUAUGUGGAGAGAUAUAAUGUGUAUAGUUUAUGAACAUAUUUUCUUAAUGUUAUUCAUCAUGGCACAACUGUUCCAUUGAACACUGUCUACAUACAUACAUACAUACAUACAUACAUACAUACAUACAACACAUAUACACACACAUACAUGCAUACAGACAUACAUACAAAUCAUUAGAACUGAAUUGCUUAAAUGUACCUGAUUUCAUACAAAAUACUACCAACUUUAUAUCAUGAAGUGUAUUGUAUAUAUUUUG